UCUCACACUGCUUUUUCUUGUUCUCACCUGUCUCUCUCUCUAUUUUCGCCUUCUCUUUCUCUCUGAAACCCUCUCUUUCUCUCUCUAGACCAAGAGAUGGGAGAAGGAAAGGGUUCCACUCUAGUCCAUCUAGUUGUGGUGGUUCUGAGUCUCGUCGCCUUUGGCUUUGCCGUUGCUGCUGAGCGCCGCAGAAGCGUCGGUACAAUAGUUACAGAUGAUCGAAAUGCUACCUACUGUGUUUACAACUCUGAUGUUGCCACUGGCUAUGGGGUGGGCGGAUUCUUGUUCCUUCUGACAAGUGAAUCACUACUCAUGGGUGUGACAAAAUGCAUGUGUUUUGGGAGACCUUUAGCUCCUGGUGGAAAUCGGGCUUGGUCCAUCAUCUAUUUUGUCUCAUCAUGGAUGACUUUUCUGGUUGCAGAAGCAUGUCUAAUUGCAGGUGCAACCAAGAAUGCCUAUCACACAAAGUAUCGAGGAAUGAUUUAUGCCCAGAACUUCUCCUGUGAAACAUUGCGGAAGGGUGUUUUUAUUGCUGGAGCAGUGUUUGUGGUUGCGACAAUGAUUCUCAAUGUCUAUUACUACAUGUACUUUUCAAAAGCUACUGAUACUCAAGCAGUCCGCAAAGCAAAUCGUGCAAGCUCAACUGUUGGAAUGACUGGGUAUGCAUAGUUUUGAUUAAUUAAGGACUGGGUAGCUUUUGGGUUUUGUCUCUUGAUGUUAUGAGUCUGUGUUGCCUCUAUGAUAGUAUAGUGCAAUUGUGUACUGGCAGAUUUUGGUUAUUUAGUGAUAUAAGGUGUUGUGAAUACAAAUAUUUGUUGAAGGCAAGAUGCAGGAGUAAAAUCUGUUAUGGAAA